CAUUUUGUUUUGGUUUUUGACUUUGACUCUGCUGCGUUCUAAAGAUCAGACCCACCUGGAGCUUUUAUUGUCCUUCUUCCCAAACCUUUUGACAGCGGAAUUCGUGGACGCACUAUUCGCGAAAAGUAUUAAGUUGGCGCUGUCAAAAUCAAUGCUCGAGCUUAUGUAAUGUCUUUUGGGGUUUCGCUGUGCCUAUUUCGCCUGGAAAUAGGCGAUGAGUACCCACUUCUAGACCACCUUUCCUACACAGCUCCAAAGUACCAACAUCGUAGAAUGGCCAGUCGAGUGAAUCCCAAAGGAAAACUGCUGAGUGGCGGAGACUCGAAGAAGCAGAAGGGUCAGAGGGAAAUGAGGUCAAUGCGGGUGGAGACUGUUUUGUGCCCCAUUGCGUCCUCUUCACCGCCAGUCAACUCGCCCUGCAGCAGCAAGGAGCAAACACCCCAGCCAGCAGAUUCAACAGGAGACAGUUCGUCGAUUGCUGAAACGGUGGCGUCUUCGAGCAAGACUGGUGGUUCGGAACCAGUGGCCUUUGUUUCUGGAAACCCAUUUGUGGAAGUUACCAAAGGAAUACUACAUCUUUACAAAGAAAAUGAACUGACCUCCAUGGAAGACGAGGCUCAAAGAUCAGAACAAGUGUGUUUAUUGGCUGUGCCGUCGUCCCUCAGCUGUCAAGAUUUGUUAGCUUUCACUGCAGCAUGCCACGAGGAUAUGAAACACUUGAGAAUCAUUCGACCCGAAGAUUCCUCAGCUUCGCUCAACCACUACAUGGCACUGAUCGAAUUUCGAUCUCAGGUGGCUGCUGACGAGUUCUAUCGGACCUUCCAUGGAAUUCCUUACAGUUCACUAUCUGACGACGAGCUUUGCAAUGUUGCCUAUGUGUCUGGGGUGGAGGUUGUCCGGGAAGGGGAUUGCGUGGACCCACCUCCAGGCCACACAGAACUGCCCACUUGUCCAGUGUGUUUAGAAAGGAUGGACGAGUCUGUUGAUGGGAUUUUGACCAUUCUUUGCAACCACUCAUUCCAUUCCAACUGUCUUGCCAAAUGGGUGGAUGCAACGUGUCCUGUCUGCCGCUAUGUGCAGACUCCUGAGGCUGUUGACAACAAGUGUUUUGAAUGCCAGUCGGCUGAUUCGUUGUGGAUUUGUCUGAUAUGUGGGCAUGUAGGCUGUGGAAGAUACGUACAAGGGCAUGCUUCUCAGCACUUUUUGGAGACGCAGCACUGCUACUCAAUGCAAUUAGGAAGCAAUCGAGUGUGGGACUACGUUGGAGACAAUUUUGUCCACAGACUUCUCCAAAAUAAAGAUGAUGGAAAAAUGGUCGCUGUUGGGGCAGAUCAAGAAGGGCGUUCUCCUGAAAAACCGGGGGCUGGAGAUGAGAAGGUUGACUCUUUGCAGUUGGAGUUCACUUAUCUUCUUACAAGUCAGCUGGAGUCUCAGCGGCUCUACUUUGAGGACAGAAUGAUCAGACUACAGCAAGAAGUUCACAACGAGAGAGAGGAGCUUCGGGAGAGAGUUGACAAGUUGUCGGAGGAGAACCAGCGUUUGAAGAAGCAAGUUGACUCACUCAAGAAAGAUAAACAAACGCAAGAGAAAAAGAUCCAAACAUUGAAUGCAAAACUGUUAACUACAAAAAGUGAGCUGCAACAAGAAGUUAGCAUGAGUCACGGAAUGCAGCAAAAUCAGAGCGCUUGGCAAGAGAAGUUCAGUGCCCUGGAGUCCAAAUUCAACGAUUAUCAGAACAAUAAGGAGAAAGAACUGACUGAUUUAAAGGAGCAAUUACGAGAUGUCAUGUUUUUCUUUGAGGCGCAAAAUCAGAUUUCCCAGUCUGAACUGAAGGACGAAAUCUCUGAAGGUCAAAUUGUCAUGCCAGAACCACAGUCUGAUGCAAGCGCUUCAGGGUCUAAAAAUCGCAGGAAGAAGCACCGUUAGUAAUGAAAUUUCCAAGGGUACUUAAACUUCAAAUAGCGUAUGUACUGUACUCCCAAUGAAUGCUGCUUUGCAGUGAAGGAGCAAUCAAUAUAUUUCAUGUUUCCUCAAAAUUAUCUGUCAGUGUUGUUGUUUGGGAAGAGAUUUAACUCUUGAAGUGCGUUAAGUAAUACUAUUAAUACUAACCAUUUGCAAGACUGGAUUCCGAGACUACUUUUUAAGUGAUUCUAAAAUUAAGAAUUCCUGGUUUCACGAAUUUAUUGAGAAUUUUAAAUUAAAUUAGCUUUCCACAAGACUGAUAUUUUUUCACUGUACCUACCUAUAUCGUAAUCAAAAUGGUAUUUGAAAAACAAACCCCAAUGCUAAUUGUCCAUAAUACCAAUAGAAAAUUUUUAUUAUGAUGAAAUUACUCGAUAACUCCUCUCGUCAAAAAAUACAUUAAAUUUUAGCUAUUUUUUCUUUGAAUUUGCAAAAUUUAAACCAAAUUUAAGCAACCUGGAAUUAAUUAAAAUCCUUAUUCAGGUGGUUGUCUGCAUUAUUAUUAUUAUUUUUUUUUUCAAAUGGAUGCUUUUACUUUAAUACAUAAUGCAUGUUUAAGUCACACUGAACAUUUGCCGGACUAGAUAGGCUUUCAAUGUCACUAUUUGGCGUAGGGUAAGGCGACUCUAUUACGCCUUCGUCAUGUAAUUCUAUCUUGAGUAAUUUAUCAAAUUCAUUUUUGCGGCCUGUCAGCACAAACGACGAAACUGAACCAGAGCUUUCUUCGUCACUUGAAGAGUCUUGCUUCCUCAGGCGAGCAAAUUUGGACACACUGCAGUCCACACUGCUGCCGACACUUGCAUCGGAAAUUUUUCUUUUCUGACUUGCCCUUUCCUCUUGUAUUCCUAUGUUCACCUUUGACUUGUUUUCAAUUUUGCCGUCCACAAUUUUGAAAUUAGGAGUGUGAUCGGACACCCGAGGAAUAUCAUGAGGAGAGGACAAGUCCAAGUUUAAAAAGUCUAGUGCCAGGAUAUCGCUAGGGUCUACCUUGUGGACGCAAGAGGGUAAGUCUUUUGGGUCAAAAAUGGCCUGCGGUAAAUACGGUUCUGGUGAUGGAGCGUCUAGAAGUUUGUAAUACCUCUUAAAAGGGAGGGAUGCUUCGGCAGAUCUGUCUGCUUCCUCCAUCAGGUCACCACAUGGAAAAUUCACUGAUUCCUGUCCAUCGAGUUCCAAUUCUGGAUUUUCCGAAUCACUUUCGCCCCACACAUGCGAGUACUCAUAGUCACUGUCUCGAUCGGGGUAGCAGAGUUCAUCGUCGGAACUGUUCCCCUGAUACUGUUUUGGGUAGAUUCUAAUAAUUUCAUUCUGUAAAUCUGGAUCGGAGUGUGAAGAUUCAGAAUAUUCAUCGCUGCUGCACCGUCGGGCGCGAAGAGGAGCAAGAUUAUAUUUUAGCCAAUUCACUCUGGCCUGGUGGUUUGCUCUAGCAUUUUGACCUCGUGGUAAAGCUUUAAAUCUGGCCACACAGUUUUCCUCUAUGUCAUCGUCUUCAGUGUCAAUGUCUGAUUCGAUAUCCAAAAUCUCAAAGCGCUUCUUCUGAAUGUGCUUAGAUUUUGUGAAUUUCCGCCUUCGAGAUUUCCAGACAUAAGUUGGUGUGGGUCUUGCCUAAGAUUUUUUUUUCAUAACUUAUUAAAUUGGCCUGACAUUUUAAUUCUCACAUAAGCUUCCUUGGGAAGUUGGCUGUCUUGGUAAGUGUAAGGGAUCCAGUUGUGGUGCUUCCGGAAGGCUUCAAAGUCUUCAGGGGCAUUUCCUGGCUGCUCAUACUUUUCACAUUUUUCUGGCCUCAGCUCUUGCAAUUCCUUUUCCAAGUCGAAUCCCAGCUGAUUUCCAGGAAUGGAGAGGUGGGAUGAAGCUGCACUUACUACAGACUGCUCCGAGUCUGAAGAGUCCACAUCACAACUCCACCCCACAUCCUUUGUAAUCUCAAUCCACUUUAAUCCGCUGUUCAAUUAUUAACAACAAUAAAUAUUUGAAGUAAAAAUGUUUAGUAAAGAAAAGAGUCUCACUUUAGAGAUUUGCAUUUUCGUUGAGAUGUCUGCAACUCCAAGGAUUCUGCCACGGUGAGGAAAUCAUCAAACGAGUGUCUCCUCAGGCGAAGUGUUUCUUCCGUGUUCCACAUUUUCAAUUCUUUUCCAGGAUAAACUGCUU